AUGAGGCUCUUAUACACGGGAGGCCAGGCCAUGCCCAUGAUCGCCAGCAGCCCCACGAGACGACCGUAUCUCAUCGACACGUUAGCGCUGGUGCGGCGGCUGGAGGCGGAGGGGCUGACGGCGCGGCAGGCGGAGGCGAUAACGCAGCUGAUCGCGGAGGUGCUGCACGACAGCCUCGACUCCGUCGCUCACACCUUCGUCUCCAAACCCGACCUCAACAAGUCGGAAAUGGUGGCGGAAGCAGCUCUGGUGAAGCUCAAGGCGGACGUGCAGAGCACGCUGGACUUGAAAUUCGCGGCGUUGCAGAGGGAGGUGGAGGGGCUCAAGAUUGGCGUGGACAAGGUGAAGAGCGAGAUACGAUACGAGGUGGACAAGGUGACGGCGGGGCAGAGGCUCGACUUGAAUCUUGAGAAGGGGCGGGUGAAGGAGGAGAUGAACGUGCAACUACAGGAGAUGAAUAUCUUGUCAAAUAAGCUGGAUAAGGAAAUAAACAAUCUGAAGACACAACUUGAAGCAGCGAAGUUUGAAAUUAUUCGGUAUUGCAUAGGUACAUUGGUUUCUAUCAGUGCUCUCGGGUUGGGUAUUCUUCGCCUCACCAUGUGCUUUGCCACCCCGACACCUGGGAGCCCCUCACAGAGCCCCUCACAGAGCCCCUCACAGAGCCCCUCACAGAGCCCCUCACAGAGCCCCUCACAGAGCCCCUCACAGAGCCCCUCACAGCCCCUCAUAGAGCCCCUCACAGAGCCCCUCACAGAGCCCCUCACAGAGCCCCUCACAGAGCCCCUCAUAGAGCCCCUCACAGAGCCCCUCACAGAGCCCCUCACAGAGCCCCUCAUAGAGCCCCUCACAGAGCCCCUCAUAGAGCCCCUCACAGAGCCCCUCAUAGAGCCCCUCACAGAGCCCCUCAUAGAGCCCCUCACAGAGCCCCUCAUAGAGCCCCUCAUAGAGCCCCUCACAGAGCCCCUCAUAGAGCCCCUCACAGAGCCCCUCGCGGGAGCCCCUAGCCUCACCGGGGCCCUCCAUACGCUCCCCCUUGACACGGCGGUACCUGCUGCUGGCGUUCCCAAGGAUUCUACACUCGAUUCGGGAUACACACAGCAGCACUGCUACACGCUCAACAGCGCGGAAUAUGACCCACGCGUCUCCCAUGCCUCCCAAUCUCACGCCCCCUCUCCACUCACCUCCUCUCCGUCCCCACGUUUCAUCGCUCUCCCCGCAUCGCGAAACACUCUGCGACCGCUCAGCGUCCCCCGUCCCCCCCUUCCCCCCAACCGCCACUCCACCCGCUCCUGCGACUCGCAUCGCCCACUCUCGCCCCCGCGUGUUGCUCUCCACACCGCACCUGGCGGUGUGAGGGGCAGCACUGAGCAGCCACCAGGGCUUGGCGCGCAGCACAGCUGGGUGCAGUCAUAUCCCAUAUCUCUUGCUCGCUCUCUUCCAACUCCACUCGCCUUCUCUCCACGCUCACCUGUCGUUUGGAGCCCCACUUCCCUCUCUCCCCACUUCCCUCUCUCCCCACUUCCCUCUCUCCCCACUCCUUUGAUGCCCACCCUGGUCUUCCAGAUCCCUCCCCUUCAUCUACCCCUUUGCAGCUGGUGGGGAUCUCUCCCCCUCAACUACCCUGCGCAGCUGGUGGGCGUGACAAGAGGCGGGGUGAGUGCAGUGACCAGAGCUGUGCGCGCAUGGGAGGCACUGUACCUCUAUUGCUCCCUUCUUCUCACCCCCCCUUCUCGUUCAACUCCCGGUCCCUUGUUCCCUCCUCACCUCUCCUCACCUUCCUUCAUCUUCCCUCACCUCUCCUCACCUCCCCUCAUCUCCGCGCAUCGCUCCUCAUCUUGUAUCAUCUCUCUUCUCCCAGAGAGCAUCUUGUGGAUGAGCGCAUUGUGUUCUCUUCUCUUCACUUCACCCCAUGCCACAGUACAGCACUUCAACCUGGGAUGGACAUGGGCUCUCUCCGUCCCUCCACCGUCCACUGAUCCCGCUAAGACCACCACCGCCACCACCAAAUCCGCUCUCUCCCCUCCACCUCCUCCCUCUCCUCGCCUUGCAUGUGUGGGAGAUGCCAUGUGUGUGGCAGCGCGCUCGCUCUUCCUCACCCCCCCAUGGACCAUGAACCCCCUCAGAGUCAUUUUCUCCGACUCCUUCCCUCGUCUCCCCGCUCCUCCUCUCACACCCACCACGGCACCCACCCACUCGCACCCCACCGCCACCACCAUCACCCUCUCCUCCUCCGCUGCCUCUACAAGCCCUGAGUCUGGCCGCAGCAUGGGCACGCCACCACCAGGCAUCUCGCUCACAGCAGCAUACUCUGUGGGCAGUGGCACGGUCCAAGGCCACUUCCUGGAGGGGGAAGAGCGGUUUCUGGUGGGCAUGGACGGCAACAAGGAUGUGUGGUUCGAGAUCCUCUCCAUAUCACGCCCGGCCAACCCACUCGCCCUUGCCUUCUCUCCUCUCGCAAGGUUCAUGCAGCGUAGAUUCGCUCAAGAUGCCAUGGGCUCGCUUAGAGGGCUCUUGCAGAACGAGACUGCUACCGUAGUUUGGAGGGGAAGUGAGUGA